CAGAGGAGUUCAUGAAUUGUUGUGUUUACUUUUCAACAAAAUAAUAUUGAAUAAGCAUGAAAAAAUGUCCGAACUGUUCAACAGCAGCGGCAUAUGUCGUUGUUGCCACUCUCAAGGCAGUUUCAAAAGCUUAAACCAGACAUAUAUCUACGAAGGGCGUCCAGAAAUAUAUUCAAAUAUGUUACAACAAACAUUUAACAUAGAAAUAAAACCUGGGCCAACAGUGUUGGACGUGUAUUCUAUAUGUGAUACAUGUAUCCCGAGGUUGCGUGAUGCUGAACAGUUUAGACACCAAGUUGUUAGCUGUGAACAGUUGUUUUAUCAGUAUUAUAAUAUACAUUUGAAUAGAGGAAUUGAUACCUAUGAUAAGGAAAUAAAGGAAGAAGUAGAGGGAAAAGAUGAACGAAAACAAGAAGAUGUGAGCAUUGAACAAGACUGCAGUGUCCAAAAAUUUGAUGAUGAUGGUGUCUCCCAUCCCGAGACUUUUGAGUCAGAAGAUGACGAUCAACCUCUGUCUACCCUCCAAAGUCAAAACAAACCGAAUGACCUCUGGGAAUUAUGUGACGGAGUCAACACUAAACCAACACGAAGAAAAAAAAGCAAGGAGUUCAGCUGCGAAAUAUGUAAAAAGAAGUUCUCCUACAACGGAUCACUUGAAGUGCAUAUGCGGACGCACAGCGCAGAGAAAACCUACCUCUGUCGUAUGUGCAACACUAGAUAUACACUAAACAAGGAACUAAUCAACCAUAUCAACACAACACAUUCCGUUAACGGCAUAUUCUGCUGCACGUAUUGUUCGAAAAGUUUUGAAAAAGCACGCCUACUGAAAAAUCAUCUAACUACACAUUUCGGAGAAGAAAAGUUCAAGUGUAGCCAUUGCAACAAGGAGUUCCAACGAAAGAAAGGUCUUAAAGAACACAUGAAAACCCACACGGGCGAAAAAAAAUUCUCGUGCACAAUUUGUAACAAGUCUUUCGGUCACAAUCAAACUCUAAAGUCCCAUAUAUUGACUCAUACAGGAGAACGGCCUUAUGUCUGUGACGUAUGCGGCAGGAGAUUCCCUCAGCGCACUCACUUAAAGCGGCACAUAUUCAUAAUACAUACCGGAGUAAAACCGCACAGUUGCAAAGUGUGUAACAAACAGUUUUCCAGCAAAAGUUACCUAUCAAUACACGAACGGCAGCACACUGGCGAACGACCGUACGCUUGCGAGGUGUGCAAGAAAGAUUUCACAGCGUACACAACCCUCAAAGUCCAUAUGCGAGUUCAUACCGGAAUAAAACCGUACAUAUGCUCCUUUUGUGAUAGACAGUUCGCUCAGAUGGCCAGUUUCAAACUCCACGAAAGAACCCACACCGGCGAACGACCGUUCUCGUGUAAAGUGUGCAAAAAAGCGUUUUCCGAUAACGGUUAUUUGAAAAUACACAUGCGCGUACACACGGGCGAGAAACCGUUUAAUUGCGAGGUUUGUAAACGGUCGUUCAGAGAAACCGGGCAGUUGAAACGACAUAUGCGUGUACAUACUGGUAUCAAACCGUACACCUGUAAGAUAUGCAAUAAACAAAUCGGUAAUUUAUCCAAGCAUAUGCGCGUACAUUCCGACGAAAGACCGUUUAAUUGUAACGUGUGUAAUAAACAGUUUUCGAUCAACGGGAACUUGAAGUUACAUAUGCGUAUUCAUACCGGUGAAAGGCCCUUUAGCUGCAAUAUGUGCAAUAGUCAUUUCACACAGAGUAGCGGAUUGAAAAGACAUAGGUGUACUCAUAUAGGUAAAGCUGAAUGAUCCUUAUAGUAUGAUCAUGAAGCUACGGACGCAUUUUUUUUUUUUAAAGAAUGUUAAUCAUGACUAACAUUCUCCUUUCCCCUCCAACUAAGCGUAAAGCUUGUGCUAGGAGUGGGUACGACAAUAGUGCAACGGGUGGGGUUUGAACCGCCGACCUUUCGGAUUUCAGUCCGCUCCUAUAACCGUUGAGCUAUUGAGGCUUAAAGACAUUAGAUACAGUAUUGUGGUGUGUCGCAAUCACAGACAAUAAGAUUGAUUUUAUUGGUUGCAAAUUGCAAUGAAAUCGGGUACCAAUAUAAACUUUAAGUUUAAUGCCUGACCAGAAAAAUAAAACACAUCGCCAUAUUACGGAAACCCGUGGAACUAAUUUAUAAUACUUAGUGACCAUAGACUAUGUACUAGUGACGCCCCCAGAAUAAGUUUUUAUAUUUCUGAUGAGGCUUA